UCCCUUCUUCUUCUUUUUUAUGCCUUCCUGUACAGUCCAUUUGCUUAAUCUUCACUCUACAACUCUCUGGUUGUUCUUACAAGUUCUGAGUUACUCAGUAUUCACUUCAUCUCACGUUUGGUUUUCGUUUCUUUCUUCAAUUUCUCUUUCAGAAAUGGAAUUUAGGGCAUACAUCGAUCUUGAAACGAAGUUGUAAUGACAGAGAACUGUUGAUUUACUUGUUGGAGGCGUUCUAGGGUUUUAAGAUGUCUGUUGCGGAGCUGAAGGAGCGGCAUCUAGCUGCCACAGCGACCGUGAAUGCUCUUAGAGAACGUUUGAAGCAGAAACGGCGUCUUCUUCUUGACACUGAUGUUGCUGAGUAUUCAAGGUCGCAGGGGCGAACGGCUGUUAGCUUUGGCCCUACGGAUCUUGUUUGCUGUAGGACCUUACAAGGACACACCGGAAAGGUGUAUUCAUUGGACUGGACUCCUGAAAAGAAUCGAAUUGUCAGUGCAUCUCAAGAUGGGAGGCUAAUUGUGUGGAAUGCUCUAACAAGCCAGAAAACUCAUGCUAUAAAGCUACCUUGUGCAUGGGUUAUGACAUGUGCCUUCUCUCGAAGUGGUCAGUCUGUUGCCUGCGGUGGACUUGAUAGUGUAUGUUCUAUCUUUAAUCUGAAUUCUCCCAGUGACAAGGAUGGGUACCUACCAGUAUCCAGGAUGCUCAGUGGGCACAAGGGUUAUGUAUCCUCAUGCCAGUUUGUUCCUGAUGAGGACACUCACCUAAUAACCAGUUCUGGUGAUCAGACAUGUGUUUUGUGGGAUGUCACUACUGGCCAGAGAAUUUCUGUUUUUGGAGGUGAAUUUCCGUCGGGGCACACAGCUGAUGUUUUGAGUGUAUCAAUAAACGGAACAAACUCAAAGAUGUUUGUCUCUGGUUCAUGUGAUGCAACAGCGCGGUUAUGGGAUACCCGCAUUGCAAGUCGAGCAGUCCGGACAUAUCAUGGCCAUGCAGGAGAUGUUAACACAGUUAAAUUUUUCCCAGACGGCAACAGAUUUGGGACGGGCUCUGAUGAUGGAACUUGCAGGUUAUUUGACAUGAGGACUGGCCAUGAGCUUCAAGUCUAUCAACAGCAGCAUGGUGGCAAUGAUAUUCCUCUGGUGACCUCAAUUGCCUUCUCAAUAUCAGGGAGGCUUCUAUUUGCUGGAUACUCUAAUGGUGACUGCUAUGUAUGGGAUACUCUGGUGGCAAAGGUAGUUCUGAACCUGGGGUCUCUGCAGAACUCUCAUGAGGGCCGGAUCACAUGUUUAGGUUUGUCAGCUGAUGGGAGUGCCUUAUGUACAGGAAGUUGGGAUAGAAACCUGAAGAUAUGGGCUUUUGGAGGGCAUAGGAGAGUGGUCUGAAUUUUCCUGCCGCAAGCAGGUUACAAGAGUCUGGAUUUUGUAGAAGACAUGCUUUUCUGCCAAUCUCCCAGUCAUUAUUUUCAUUCUUCCAAUGCCUUGCUUGAUUGGAACCUUCUACUGUCCAGUAAGGUGUGUUCCGCUAAUCUUUGAAAAACCAUGCCCAUGACACUUUCUUCUGUAAUGCCUUGAACGAUAGCAUGAGAUAAGAGAAGUUGGAGAAGGAGAAAUAUCUUUAACGGGGAAAGAAAAAGAAAAAAGGAUCCUUCAAGAGUUUCAACUGUUGGGGCCAUCUUUUUUCUGUUGUACCAGUGUAAUGUAAAUCAAUGUGCUUUAAUCUCUAUUUUUUUUAUCCUUUUUGGCUUUAAUUUGCCUCUAUGUGGAGCUGAAAAUGACCUUGUUUUGAAUCAUUUUCCAUGGGACAGUUUUUG